AUGGAUGGGUGUCUGAGCGCAGGCGUUUGCCUGUUUGUUCUGCUGGCUUUGCAAGCAGAUCUGGUCUACAGCUCACUGCUCCUGCCACCACAAGCCGGUUCCUUACGCCAUGGCGCCCGAGCCAUCGCAACCGAGACCUGUGGUGCCCGGUCCAGCAGCGAGUCGGCAGUCCCACCCUAUAACCUGCUCGAGCAUGAUGCAUUGGAUUAUGCGCAGCAGCACCACUCCUCGACGCCCCCCGCAUUUGCUCCCGUAGACGAAAAUGUCUGCCUCGUCGCCGGCCUCACCCAGCUGACCUACAGCUGCGGACACAGCUGCAGUCUCGCACACCCAGACACCUUCCACCCGCCUUCCCACAUCCUUGAUGGCGACCUAUCUUCUUUCUGGCAAGGUCCACCUGGCAUGGACGACAUCAACGUCACAAUCAGCCUUGAUCCCAAUUCAGCCGAGUCCAGUUUUCAGUACCACCUUGCCUAUGUCCUGAUUCGUUUCAACUCGCCCAAGCCUGCAGCCAUGGUUAUCGAGCGCUCGACAGAUGGGGGUCACUCCUUCACGCCCUGGCGGUACAUGGCCCGCGACUGUCAAGGCACGUCCCAGGCCUUUUGCUUUUUGCCCCCAUAUCCUGUACAUCGACUACCUUUCGCGUUCACGUUUGUUCCCGUGCGUCAAACCGGACCGCGUCUCAUGCCACGGCGUGACCCGUCGCUAGGCCUGACAAGUGACUACCGCAGUCUUGAGGUGGAUGCCGUCCGCGCGUUUGUGACGGCCGAUCACAUCCGCCUUCGUCUUCUGCAGCUGCAUCGCUUCGUGGUCAGCACCUCCGUCCAGUCUGGAAUCAACUGCGAGCGCUGUCUAUCAGGCUUUUUCCGACCCGAGGGUGUGAGCCGCCACGCGCCCACGCCUUGCUCAGCGUGCAACUGCGUGCGAGCAGGUGCUUCCAAUCAGGAAACAGGCCAGUGCACGUGUCGGGAAGGCAUGACUGGGCAGCACUGCGACCAGUGCGCCACUGGCUACACCCCUGUAUCAACCAAUGCAACCACUUCACUGCCGUGCGCGGGCUGCACCUGUCUGCCCGGCGCUAGCGCCAGCUCUGUGUGUGCACCCAACGGAACAUGCUCGUGUCGUGGGCACUACAUCCAAGGCCAUUCCUGUGAUCACUGUUCAGCCGGCACCUUUGCGCCCGUUGUGGCCACCUCAUUGUAUCAGAUUGAGGAUGCUAUCAACGCAGCGAGCGUGAUCCAACGCAUUGUACCCAGCAAUCCCAACGCAACCAUGCAGUAUUCAGGCCUGGGGUUGGCAUUUGUACGCAGCCAUCUCCCUAUUCAUGUGGCCCUGCCCCUGACUGCCAGCAGCGGCUCGCAUACUUUGGUUCUGCGCCAUGCCUCACAAGCAAGCGCGCUCGUGCGCAUCGAGUUCAACGACUUUGCCAUUGCCGCCCGAACAACAAAUCUGGCCCCAUGUCUUAAUGAUGACUUUUGUGACACCAUUCUGGCCGAUGCGCUGGAGUUCACGAUCCAAGGGAGCGUCCUUAUCACGCUUGUGUGCAAUGCAGAGAUGGGUUCCUUUUGUGCUUGGGACGCCCUCGCGCUGGUACCACGCGCAGUUGUUGCCAUGGAAGCUGCUCUGGAGCCUGCAGUGGCCCCUGCUGUAGCGGCCAUCACAGCCACGGCCAGCUUACGCACCACACACCGUUGCUCAGCCCUAGCCUAUCCCUUGAACCAAGUGGACGCUGCACAGUGCGCUCGUGGCGCUCGUGCCGCAGCUCUCUCAGCCGCUGGUGAUUGUCAAGAUUGUGACUGCCAUACCCUCGGGGCCGUCUCCCCGAUCUGUGAUGAGGCCCAGGGGGCCUGCACGUGUCGGCCCGGCGUUGCUAACGAUAGAAGAUGCUUACCCGGGGUGGCAGGGCCACGAUGCGAUCAGUGUGUCGCAACCGCCAUCAACCUGAUUCCAUUUGUGGGCUGCGCGACGUGCAAUGCGUGCUCGCAACACUUGCGCGACUUGUGGCACAACGCUUCGAAUGCACUUGGAAAUGUGAACAUGACUGCAAUGAUGGGUCUCGAUGCAGUGCGUUCAGACCUGGUUGCAGCUCAGGCUGCACGCGAAUCUGCCUUGACGUCCCUCACAGUGACUGCCCAAGAGCUCUCCACGUUGGCAACGACGGUGGACGCAGGCAACAGCACCCUUCGCAGAGCAGUCACCACCUGGCAGGCCCCGGCUUUUGUGACGAUGAUUUUGGCGACGGAUCGGCUACGUUUGUCCCUGGAGGCUCUUGGGGGACACCAAGCUCAAACGGCGUGGGAAGUUGCACACACUGCUGCCACACUCGAGACGCUGGCUGCUCAGUGGGCCGCCUUAUUCGCGGAAGCCAGCAACAGCCUCAACAGGUCUGCGCUCGCGACCGCUCAGACGAAAUUUGAUAGAGCCCUACAUGCCGAGGUGCAGGCACGCGCGUUCCCUCUGGCGGUCUCCGGAUUGCACCGGCAGCUGGCUCAGGUGCAAGCCCAACGUGGCCUCAUCCAGAUCGCUUUGGAUAAUGCCACAACCGACUCUGCUGAUGCCUUUGCUAGCCUCAACCACUCGACGCUUGGCAUCGCCACCUUAGUUGAUCGGUUCGAGGCCAGCCGUCUUCAAAUAAGCGACACUUUUGCUCAUAUUUCCAGGCUGCAAGAGCACCAUAUUGCCAGCGUCGAAGCGCUGGUGCAAGUCCAAGGGUCGCUGAACAACACCACCAACCUCUUGUCAGAAGUCGAGGCUGAAGCAGCCGCACUGCGUAUUGAUGGCGCCAGCAUGCAAGUUCGCCUCAACAACAGCGCACACCUUCUGGACAAGGCCAUCCCGGCUGCAGCAGUUACGCUCGAUGCAGCAGUGGACGCACUUGACGCCCAGGCCAUUCAGACUCACAACCUCUCUCGUGUGGCAGCCAGUGAUGUCGAUCAGACGGAGCGCACGGUUGCAGCCAUGGGCGAAUGGCUGGUUGCAUUGGCACCGCCUGUGAAUCCGGACAACGCAGUCCUUGCUAACCACAGUGCUGCCGACCUGGCUACACUUGUGGCUGCAAACCGAGCUGCCAAUGCCACAACAAGGGCUGCCCAGUCACAGGUUGCACAUCUUCCACUGCUGAAGGAGUUCGAUGAGGCAGUUUUGCAAGCAGAUGUGAGUCGUUUGAACAACGCUUCUGCAGUCCUAUCAGGCCUAAACGAAGCCGCAGCUACCCUCAAUACCUCGUUAUUCCUGGCCGCCGAGGCAGGCAUCGAUCCAUUUGCAGAAGUUACGCGACUGACGUCUCGCACUACAGCUGGCUUUGCGGCCAUAGCAACAGCAGCCCAAAAUGCCACGGAUCAGAUGAAUAUGUCCUGCGCUUGGACUUCCUUGAAUACAUCCACUCCCAUUGUUCUGUUAGCCAACUUGACACGUGGCACCGACGGCCUCGCCGUGGACGCUUCACAGCUCGUGCACACCAGCAAAACACUGGCAUCCGAGUUGGAAAGCCGUCUGCACGUAGUGCCGACGUUCAAUGCGACGGCCGCUUUGCAGACUCGCUUGGCGACGACCAGCGAGCGUCUGGCCAACUUAGCUGCACGCAUGGCAGCGGCUCACCAGCGCUUGCUACAAGCCCAGCCGCCUUCUUGGCCUGAUAUCCAACUCGAACUAGGCCCGAGCGCGGCUCUGUUGUUGGCUUCAAACAACUCAAGGGCCAUUCAGGUCGAGUCGGUGGAUCUAAUGCCUGCGAGUCCCGGUGGCCAUGCGGGUGAUGUGCUGACUCUUCCUGUGCCGAUUCGGGCCACAGGUCAUGUGCCGGUCAUUCGGGAGCUGAUGCUGAGUGGGUCACUUGCUCCCCUCGAUUUACGUCUGGCUUGCCAUUGGGCGGCCCCGGUGGUUGCUGCACACAGUGCCGUUGACAAGAUCACCCUGAUCGGCCAUGCAUAUCACCCAGCGGCGACAAGUCUCGUCAUGCGUCCACUGGCCAUGCAAGUGGGUGGCGUGGAGCUGCAAACAUGUCGCCUUGACAAUGACGGCCUCUGUGUCUUCCAGCUCACGCCAGUGGAGCUGACGGCCGCGUUGUCGGCCACAGUUGGCGCCGAUCCCUCAACUUGGGCAAACAUGAGCCAUCCAGAUCGACGUGAGGUCGUUGUGACGCCUGACUUGAUCGACACGCUCUCAGGCCAGAAAAUCGCCUGCCCACCUCUCAGGCUCAGCCACGACGUUACGCAGCCGGGUUUUCCCGUGUCAGAAGCAGCUCAGCUUUCUCUAACCACCCCUUUGCAGCCGGCACGGGCUGGUGACGUGGUUGCCGUGCAAAUCGGAGCCCAUGCUUGGUCACACGGGCCCAUCACUCUCAGUGGGGCGCUGGAUGUACCCUGCGUACUCCAACUCCGCGAUGCACAGCUGGCGACUGGCUGGACAGGAACAAGCCGGUUUGUGCGAAACAGUACGCAUUGUUGGGUCGUCUUCUCGGCGCGCCAGACCACGGCUGCCACGGCUUCGAGCACCAUAACACGACAGAUUAUCCAUGUCCUCGACCUUUUGCGCGUGGCAUUGACCGUCAGUAAACCUAUGGAUGCAGCUAGCAGUGUGCCUCUUCCACUCGCCCUCCAUCUGUGGACCGCUAGUGACGGGGGCGGGGCACUGGCACCUCUUUCAUCGUACUGUACCUCAACGAACUGCAACAUUCGUGUCUUGGACACCGAGCUUGCCGAUGCGACCUCAUUGCUGAUCCCCGUGCCCAGCCACUACGCGCUCUUGAAUGACGGUGCUCUGCAGCACCAACCUCGGCGCCUGAGCCUGCGACUGCGGGCUCUGACAACAGACGGUCGUACCACCAACAUGUCGACCGAGGCCAUGACUUGCACGGCGCAUCCUGCGGCAGCCGUUCAAGCUGCGAGCUGCGCUGAGGUAGUGCUUUGGCCCGACACACUCAGUGACAGCUUUGAUUUGCAGCUGACGGCAACGACGCGCUUGGCCACGGGCGAUUUCGGACGCAACGUCACCGUCCAAGUUCGCGUGCACCAACCGCAGAACGUAUCGUUGGUGCCUGAUCGCGGGUUCAGUCGCCCCAUCUGGGGCUGGCGGUCAGAUGACACCUGUACAAACGGUGCACGACGAGCUCCGCAACGCUUGCGCAUCUUGGCACACGUUGACGGGAUGAUGGUCGAUGUGACGCACCGCUGCUCACUGGCCGACUGCUUGCCUGACGCCGCAGCUUGGCGCAGCGGUCCCCAUGUGUGGACCGCGACCGUCCAAAGUAAUCUGACAUUGGCACUCCGUCAGGGAAACAGCUUGUGGACUUCGGUCGUGUCUCGGUCCAUCUUGCCCGUUCCCGCCACAAUUUUGGGCUUGAACAUGGCCCUCAUUACUCCCAGCGUCGUCGAGGCUGCGUUUAGCGCUCGGGGCGAAGCUGCACAGCAGUGGGAUCUCUCAGCAUCCCUACCACCCUCGCCCUACAGCACGGUAUUGCGAGACAACGAGACCACAGCCACGUUAGCACCCUAUCUGGUGCUUCAAGAUUGGUCCAUCGUGCCUCUUUCAAUGCAUCAACUGGAAACAACCGUAUCUAGCUCUGCUCUAGCGGUCCUAGCCACCCGGAACCUUUCAAUCGAGGCGCGGGUGCCGGUGGCAAUGGCUCAAACGGCCACUCUGACUGUGGCAUUGAUGCAACCAGUGCCGUGCGGCGGAAUUGUGGCGUCGACCAAUGCGGUCAACUUGUCCGUGGCUCCGGCUCGCGCAGUCGCCCUACAGGUCAUUGCAUAUGACCUCGACUCUGGGGUGGAAGCCCCCAUGGAUUCUACUUCAAUUGUCACCGUGCCGGGAGACUUGUUGGUCAGCUUUGGUACCGCGAUUAGCCGUUGCUUUCGCGUCCAGUUGCUCUACGAUGGCGGACGUCCGGCGUCAGACGCGAGCGCGCUCGUGUCUAUUGCAUUCAAUGCCUCGGCGUUACGCCGAAGUGGUACCUCCCUCUGCUUUUCUGGUGUCAGCACGGGCCAACAUACUGUCCAUUUUGUGCACACAGACGCCCCUUUACUACGAGCGUCACACACGGUGCACGUCGUUGCCAGCACUGGACUGUCCUUGCGCAUGGUGCACUGGCCUGCGACGCAAUCGGACCCCCAUCUAGAAAGUGAAGCAACCACGUUGGCACCAGCGGGAGUCGAUCGUACCGGCCGCCGCGUGUAUGAAAGUGCCAUGUUGCUUUGUGUUGCCAACCUCAGCAAUGGGUCGACUCUGGCCCUCAGCCCCGGCCCCGCCACUGACGCAUUGGCCUUUGGAGGAAUUGCAGCCGGCGAGCUGGGCAUGACCACCUAUGAUAAUCGAGCGCGGUUGUCCUUCCAACAUGAACCCACUUAUGGCUAUCGUGGCCAUGUGGUCACGCCAGAGGCGCCAGGCUUAGUGUCGUUUGCAUAUUUUCUCGGUGUCUCCAUGAGCAAUAUCGCGCAAACCCGCGUGAGCAGCUCCCCACGGGCCGUGGUCGCCGUUCAUGGGGCCAGUGUUUCGCCAGCGCAGCAGGUGGUCUUUGACCACGUCUUGUUUGCUGAGGGGGUCCUCUUACCCCAUACCUUCUUUGUGCGGGAUGGCACAGCCCUACUGCCGCAGCUCUUGUCCUUCCGCAGCCAUGAACCUGAAGUCGUUGGUGUCAAUGCCGAGACAGGCCACUGCCAGGUGAUGUCACCCCGUGCUGGCUCAGUGCAAGUGGACAUUCAAUUUCGAGGCAGUCCAUUUGCAAGCGUGCAAGUCCCAGCUCUCGGCGCGCCGCCGCAGCGUGGGCUGUGGAUUGGAUCGACAAACGACAUGACAACCAAUAGAGUGACGGUUCCACUGUGGCUCUACAUGGAUGAAGAGCUGAGCGCUGGCACGAUACUGCGUUUUGUUCUGUCCGCUUCAUGUGAGGCACUGGCCAAUGCGAGUGCACGCGUUGGCCAGGCUGGAGCCUGGUUGGAGUUUGCACUUCGCGACUGCGAGCUAGAGGUUGUAGUCAUUGUGGCCGAUGCAGGCACAGUUCUGGAGAUGGCGUGGGUGGAACUUGACGCGGCUGCUCACGCAGCCCUUCAUGCCGAGGUUUUGGAGCUCGUGGGGCCCGGCCUGUUGAGCCGCACGUAUACAAAUGUCCUUAACAGUAGCCUGCAGCUUGAGGCCGCCACUUUGGCGCGACGUCCGCGAGACGUAUCAUGCACACCUUAUGACAUUAUUACUCGCAAUGAAUGCAACGGUGCCGCGGCUGCCAGCUGCCCCGUAGACGUUUGGGGUGAUGCCAACGGAGACUGUGAGUUAGAUCUACGGGACCUGGCAGCUCUCGUGUUUCGGAGCACGCCCCUGCAACAAAUGGUCUUGCCAACAACGCACCUCAGCGGGUUGCAGCAGCUGAAUAAGCUGUUUAAUGCCGCAAGCCUGGACUUCAACGGCGAUGGCGCCUUGAAUCAGCCCGACACGCGGUUGUGGGCUCAGGCCUACUUGGGCCUGCCGAUAGUCGCGGCAGUCAACUGGCAGGUGGAGCACAACCGAACGCCAACAACUUGCUCUGUCGCACUCGUCAUCGAAACACGAUCCUGGGAUGGUGGCUUGGCGGCAGAACUGUCGUUGCAUGUGGCCGGCUCAAACCUGCUCCAUAUGGCAAGCCCCUUGUUGCUGCCGGGUCAUGCUGACAAUGGCUCGAGCUCCUGGGUGUACGGGGGCACUCUACCGGGGCCACGAACUCGGGUGCAAUUUACCAUGGCAGCGGGCUCGAGCAUUCGCGCUUAUUUGCUCAGCUCAAGCACUGUUGCGUUGUUUUCCCCGCAUGUGGAGCGACCGGCUUAUGUUUUCGAGUGUCUCACCGCCACCGCGACGCAGCCGCUGCCUUUGAACUCUACCGCUACUUCGACCGCUACCUCGACCUCGACCUCUACUUCUACCUUCACGUCCACCUCCACGUCCACCUCCUCCACCUCCACCUCCAGCAGCUCGCGUUCGGAGCCAAUGGCCUCCAUAACUUCAAGCUCGUUCACAACGACUGACAACAUGGCAACUCCUGGAACAACGUCAGAGACAGCGGCACCAACGGCGCCUAGCCUUCCCGGCUUUAGCAUCACUUUUGACAGCGAAACCGACCGGCGGCGCUUCUCGACCGCCUUCACUCCAGAGAAGUACGAGGCUGAACUCAAACAGGUGUCGCUCGAGGCAUGCUGUGCAGCCUGCGAGACAUCGGCCAUUUGCCGCGGUGCAUUCUUCUGGCUCACAAAAGCUGGAGAAACACGAUGCCAUCUCCUCUCUGAUCUUGGAACACCCGAUGGGGUCUCAACAGAGUCAAACUCACUAUCUUUGACUCGAAAAACGUGGCGUGGGUGCGAGGUGGCACAUCAGGGUGUCUUGACGGUUCCUGGCCUGACCAACGUUUCCCACACGCCACGGCGCUUUGCCACGGCUUUUGUAGCGACAGCGCUCUUGGAGGAGUUGUACGACUUGGACCAAUCCGGCUGCGAAGCAGCCUGCUUACGUCGAAAUUCAUGCACCGGAGCCUUCUUUUGGCUCGUAGGCGCACGAGCCCGCUGUAAGCUUCUCGCGGACGUGGGUGAGGCGGGCGUAGCGACAAGCUCGCACUCCACCUCAUUGCAAUGCCGAGCACAGUUUGACUUUGAUCCACGCUGGACACCGUCGGGCACUUUACUCCGCGCCUCGGGGUCUCAGCCCCUUGGGGAAUCCUUGCGCUUUGGCAAUGCCUUUCAGACAGACGCUCAGUUGGACGUGUUGCGCGACGGUCGCACCGUAGAAGAGUGUACCCAGGCCUGCACUCACCACGGCUUGUGCGCCGCGAUUUUCCACUACCUGCCCCCAGGGUCAGGGAUGCCACAUUGCGUUCUUCUCGAACGAGCUGAAGAUGUGGUCGCGACCAACCUAGUCUCUCUGAGCCUGGAGCUCAGUCACUAA